ACGCAUUUUUUCAAAACACUGUGGACCUGGAACGCAUCAAUACGGGUUAGGCAUCAUAGUUACCAAGGUAACAUAUCAAACCAGAUAUCUACUUUCGUCUAUGUUACUGCCGAAUUUAUGAUUUUAUUUAAAAUGAUUUUAUUGAACCAUCAUAGAUAGUUAUGAACAUUCUAAAAGUAGUAAAGCUUCAUUAGAGACUGACAGCAAGUAUACUUUUGAAAUGGCAGUGCAUUUUGACCACAGACUAGAUACAGAAGGUGCUGGGAUAAAUGUAAAUAUUGGUUGGCUUAAAAGCUCACCAAUACUUGCUGUUUUUUCUAACAAUGAGGAUCAUGGAGGCAGUGUUAGACUUUUUAAUGAAGAGGGAGAAAAACUUCCCCACAAACCUAUAGCUCAUCAAGGUCAGCCAACAUCCUACGCUUGGCAUCCCACUCGUAAAAUUAUAGCUGUAGGGUGGGAGACUGGAGAACUUACUCUAUGGAAUGAGUCAGAUAAAGAACUUAUAGAGGCUCCACAUCUUCAUCGUUCUGAAAUUUCAGCUAUGCACUGGAGUUCAAAUGGGACAAGAUUACUUUCUGCAGACACUACUGGAGUGCUCAUUAGCUGGAAAUCUGACAGUAAAGGACAUCUAGGUAAUGACCCAAUUCAAAACCAUGUCCAGGAACCUAUUUCUCAAAUCAUCUUGAAGCCAGCACCUCCUCCUGAUCCUGCAAUGGACAUCAGUAGCCUUGCUAGAGCAGCUGUGAGUGGAGAUGAGACAGCACUGGAUAUGUUUAACUGGAAGAGGGGAGGCAAAAAUAAAAUGACACCUUCUCCUUUUGGUCCACAAGAAUCUCUCUUAUUUUUUAUUGGAGGCGCAAGUGGUGGUGUGUAUUUCAUGAAUGACCAAGGUAGAUGUACCCAGUGCUUUUCAGUUGAAGCCCCAGUUAAAAAACUUUUAUUUUAUGAAGACAAAAACUAUCUUGUUACCAUCACACAGAAUUUAAUGUUGACACAGCAUGCUAUCUUUGGGGAGAGUGAUACUAAAGAAAUCCUAAAGGUUAAAUUAAGUGGAAAAUCUGAGAACCCGACAUUUAUUUGGGCUGGUAAAGGAAUUUUAGCUACAGCGACUGGUGAAACAGUGGUCAGAAUGUGGGACCUGGACCAAGAUGACAACUACAUUCUAACCUUAGAAGGGAACUCUGGCUACAACACCACUGAGACUAUCAUGUGCCUUGCUUACAACAAAGAAAGUGGAGUCCUGGCUGGAGGGACAAACUUGGGCAACAUUGCACUGUGGAAGUUUUCCGCUGUGGCUGGCAGCAGGAAACUGGAAGGGGAUGAGAAGUGGAAGCUCCAGCCUCCUGCCACUGUGGAGGGACCUGUACGACAAAUAGAGUGGAGCAGCACGAAAGGUCUGAUGGCCGUCAACACAAUUGCCAGUGUUUACAUUCUCAGUGAGCACGUCAUGAGUUUCAGCUACAGAGAUCAGAUAGCAGUUGUCCAGUAUGGACCAGGUGCUCUAAGUAUUGAAAUGUUUGGGACAGGUGUCCAUCAUGAUUUAAAGACAGAGAUCCAGGUCAAGGGAAUAUGUACUACUAAGGAUGCCUUAGCAGUUUGGAAUGGAAAAAGAGUUAUUAUUUAUGAGUACUCCCCUGACAAGACACAAAUUAUGGCAGCAGGCUCAUUUGUUACCGAUGCAAUGGUUAUUUCCCUUAAUGAACAGAAUGUGUACACAAUAGAGCAAAAUAAAGUACAAGUUCGCACUUUUCAAGGGACAGUUAAACAGGUGAUAACCUUUGCUGAACCAGAAGGUCACCCAGUUAGCCUUGACAUUUGUGGUGUCUAUUUGGUAGUGGCAACAAAUCUAGGUAUCCUUCGUGUCUACGAUCUUUCAAGGAGGGAAGCAAAAGCUCACAGUAGCCCCAAAAAUUUAGCAGAAGUAAUUCCAGGCUUUGGUUCAAUUAUCUGUGCUAAAGUCAACUGUGCUGGGAACCGUGUCAGUGUCCAAGUCAUUUCAUCUGAUGGAAAGCCUGACCAUAAGCUUUACUUCUGGGAUGUUGAGCUGGAUACUGUGCAGUAUUUCAACUUUGAAACUGGUCGAGGUGAACAAGAUGACUACCCCAACCCUAACAGUGUUCAAGACAGCGAUGGGGACACUAAUGAUGCUGAGAGAGGUAAGAACCAGGCAGCUAAAGACAUCGCAGGCCGAUUCCCAGUGUCCCAGCACUGGGACCCAGCAGAGCCUAAGCUUUUUGUCUGUGAGGCUUGGAUCUUGUCUGAAGCCAUCAACACAAACCAGAUGAAAAAACCUUCUCUAACUAAAAUCAUUGAGGAAGGACCUGUGGAGGUUAUGAUCAUCUCCUUAUUUUGCACGCCAGAAAAUGGGAUACUCAUACAAGACAACUUUUCCCUUCCUCCAAAUUACGUCCAUCUUAUGGGUAUUGAAAUCCCAUACUACUGCUUUACACAAAAGGGUGAGAUUAAUGUUGAGGAGCACCAAGAUGGUGGCAUUAUCAACCCAGAGACUGGUGCAGUGUCUUACCCUAAGAGAGUAGCCAGAAAGAUAAUGCGGGACUUUGUUGGCCUUGAGAAAAGUGACAAGGGAACAAGGGACGCUAUGAUGAACUUUAGUUUUUAUCUUACUGUGGGCAACAUGGAUGAAGCAUUUAAAGCCAUCAAGCUAAUAAAAAGUGAAUCUGUGUGGGAAAAUAUGGCCAAGAUGUGUGUUAAAAGCCGACGUUUAGAUGUGGCAAGUGUUUGCCUAGGUAACAUGGGCCAUGCCAGGGGAGCUAAAGCACUAAGGGAGGCUAUGGCAGAGCCAGAGCUUGAUGCCAGAGUAGCUGUGUUGGCCAUUCACUUAGGGCUUCAUGAGGAUGCAGAACGAUUAUUAAGAAAUUGUAAACGAUAUGAUCUUUUGAAUGAAUUUUAUCAAAACAGAGGACAGUGGCAAAAGGCCUUAGAAACAGCAGAAAUGUAUGAUCGCAUUCACUUAAGAACUACAUUUUAUAACUAUGCUCGACACCUUGAAGAUGAAGGGGACACUACUGCAGCCAUACCCAACUAUGAGAAAUCUGAAACCCACAAAUUUGAAGUGCCUCGUAUGCUGAUAGAUGACCCUGAUCAGUUGGAAGCUUACGUCAACAAAACACAAGACAAGACAUUACACAAGUGGUGGGGUCAGUACAUGGAGAGUACAGGAGACAUGGAGUCAGCAAUACAGUACUACCAGACAGCUGGGGAUAACUUCUCUCUUGUCAGGAUACAUUGCUACUGUAGCAAUACUGAUAAGGCAGCUGAAAUUUGUACCACAACCAAUGACAGAGCAGCUUGCUACUACCUGGCCAGACAAUAUGAAAAUCAGAACCAAAUUAAAGAGGCCAUUACUUUCUUCCAGAAAGCUAAAGCUUAUGGAAGUGCUAUAAGGCUGUGCAAGGAACAUGGAUUUGAGGAUCAGCUUCUCAACUGUGCUCUGCUUGGUCGACCUGAGGAUAUCAUGGAGGCGGCCAGGUAUUAUGAAACAAAGACAGGACAACAGCACAAGGCUGUGAUGAUGUAUCACAAGGCAGGAAAUUACUCUAAAGCACUUGAACUAGCCUUCACAACCAAGCAAUAUGAAUCCCUACAGCAAAUAUCCAGUGAGCUGGAUGAAAGGGCAGAUCCUGAACUGUUACAGAAAUGUGCUGACUUCUUCUUGGAAAAUGGCCAGUAUGAUAAGGCAGUUGAUAUGUUGGCAAUUGGGAAAAAAUAUUGGGAGGCUGUGAAAAUUUGUAUGGACCAAACAGUAGAAAUUACAGAGGAGCUAGCAGAGAAACUGACUCCAGAUAAAGAAUUUGAAAAUGACCCGAUGGCUAGAUUAAAAAUCUUGGAGGCAAUAGCUGAAGUCUGCAUGCACCAAGGAGCUUAUCACCUGGCCACUAAAAAGUUUACUCAAGCUGGCAACAAGAUCAAGGCAAUGAAGGCACUUCUGAAAUCAGGUGACACUGAAAAAAUUGUAUUUUUUGCUGGGGUUUCAAGGCAGCGAGAGAUUUACGUCAUGGCUGCUAACUACCUGCAGUCCUUAGACUGGAGGAAAGAUCCAGAAAUUAUGAAAAACAUUAUAGCCUUCUACACCAAGGGGAGAGCACUGGACGCGCUUGCUUCCUUUUAUGAUGCUUGUGCUCAGGUUGAAAUUGAUGAGUACCAGAAUUAUGACAAAGCCCUGGGGGCUCUGGGGGAGGCCUACAAAUGCAUGUCUAAAGCUAAGUUUGAUGAUUCCAUGGUACAAGAGGAAAAGCUGGGUGUAAUCAAGCACAAAAUGUCUCUCAUUAAGAGGUUUACUACAGCUAGGAGAUCAUAUCAAGAGAAUUCAGAAGAAGCAAUCAAACAAUGUCAGGUUUUACUGGAAGAAAAAGAUUUAGACUCUGCCGUAAGGAUUGGAGAUAUUUACGGUUUCAUGAUAGAACAUUAUGCUGCUAAAGAGAGAUGGAAGGCUGCUCAUGCACAUCUAGAAGAAUUACAAAGUCGACUUCCUGGGAUAUAUUUAGGAUAUUAUGUGAACAUGAAAACAAUUGAAGCCAUUCAUAAAGCUCUAUCUCUGCCGCUGGACAGGAGUCUCAAGUCUGACAGGAUGAAUGGGAUGAGAAUGGGAGGGGGGGACAAUGAUGAGGAGACUUCAGAGUUUGUUGAGGAGGAGGUGAUAGAUGACAUGUACAAUGCAGGGGACAGACUGGGGUGAUCAUUUAUUUCUUGUGUCUCUACCGUACAUCCCUAAAUAAAUUUAUUGAAUAUACCAGGAAGAAAAAGUCCAGCUUUUUGUAUAGAACCUGUCUUUCCUUGAAUAUUUUUUGUGUACAUACAGCAAUAACCGUCCAUUAUAUUUAUCUUCUGUUGUUUUAAGAUUUAAAACAUAAUAAUUUAGAGAAAAUCAAAUUUCUUAAACAAAAUUUAUGGAACAUUUUCUCUGAGUAGAAAUAGUUAUUGUCAUUCUAUUUAUUUGAUCUAUGUUAAACUGUUUUUUAAAAAAAUGAAAUUAAACCUAAUUUAAAUUAUCUCCUAAUUGUUUUCCUUAAGAAAAUCUUCAUUGCUGAUGGUUGAUUUUGAUUGAUUUGAAGUUCCAGCUGGGUCAGUGUUGCUACAUUUGCCUUGUGCCAUUACAAUCAUGUUUGUUUGGUUUCAUUAUAAUGCCUGAUGUUUAAAACUUGCUUUGUAUAUCGGUUUACUGAAUAAAAGAUUUGAUGAAGUUUUAGCUGAAAGACAGCCUUCUUUAACUUACAAACACACUGUUGUAUAUAAGUAAUAAAAUUAGAAAUCUAUUUUUAAGUGAUAUCUUCAAGUGUGUUGAUUAGUUUCUUUAAUGGUGUAAUACUUCAAUGUGUGAUUACAAAAAUUGACUAUGAACAAUUAUAGAAUUACCCAAUCCUUUAUGAUAAUGAAAUACUUUUGUAUUUUGGUAAUGCUCAGGUUAUUAAAACUUCCAAAACAUUCCAAAUAUUUCUAUCUUUUUGUUUCAAAAAUGUUCUCUUAACCACACAUUUAGAAAAGCUCAUGUUGAAGUAAAUUUGCAAAAGUUGAUUAGCAUUUAUACAACAUUUUCAAGAAAUAAAAAAAUAAGAAUGUGAAAUAAAAGAGAAGAAUAGCUCUAGUCUACAGAGAAAGUAAAGCAAUUGUUUUUAUCAUGAAGUCUUUUUUUCUUUUACACAGGAAUUAAGAUCAAAUUAAACCUGUUUAAAUGCUUGUAUGUUUAAACUUUUUUAUCAUUACAUUGAAUUGAGUGUAACAAUAAAACAUGAAUUGUCAGUUUUUCAAUAUUUAUGUGUGGUUAAUGCAGUUCAUAAAAAAAUAUUUGAUAAAUUGAUAGCAUAAUUUGUCCUACUGAAGUGUAAAUCCAAAUUCAGGUUUAAACCAAAGUAAACUUUAUGCCUACAUCCAUCCAAGUAUGCACAUCUUUAUUUUACAUUUUUUAAAGAACAUUUAACAUAUUUUUAAAAAAGUUUUCAAUGUUGUGCAAUCAAACAUAUUUUUUUCUAACUUUGUUAGAUAACUUUGUUAGAUAACAGAUAACUUUGUCAGAUAACAGAUUAUUACUAACAAGACCAUUUAUUCUGUCAUACUCAAUCACGACUUAAUUUACAGACCUAUUUCUUUCUUGCAAUAUAUUUAUUGAACAUCUAUUUUACGUAAGAAAUCUAUGAAAUUUUUUUUUACUACACAUAUAUAUCUACUUAAUAAUAAAAUACUUAAUAAAACUACGAAAUAAAAUUUGGAAAUGUAAUAUUUAUAUUCUUCAUUCAAUUAUGGGUUUAAUGGGUCUAUGUUCAUGGUUUUCUAGAAUAUUGGUCAUCCUUUUGUAGAACCUAUUUCUAUUUACAGUUAAAGUUAAAAUAUUUGCAUGAAUGUACAGCUGUGAUAACCAUUCAAGUACCUGACUGUUUUCAGUAUCAUUCUUAUGAUGUAUUAGCUAUUUCUUCUGAGGAAAGACUUCAUAUUUUCUUUUUAAAAAAAAACAUGAACAUUAAAAUAAUUAGUUGGUAAUUGAGGUUGUUUUAAAAACUAAUUUGUUUUAAUAUAAAUCUGUUACUUAUUUUGACUAAGCUAGACUUGUAGGCCUACCUAAAAAAAAACUUUAUUUUCAGACAGCAAAUAUUGUCAAUAUUUUCGUUCACAUGAAAAUCUUUGAUUGAUUCACUACAAAGGGGUGAUGUUGAUCAGAUAUUAUAGAAAUAAAAUAAUUACAAACA